AGAAAAGAUCAAGAAAAGCAGGUCUGGAUGUAUAGAAAGAUCAGAAGAAUCGGUAACAGAUAUAGUAGAUGAGCGAGGACUUGCAUUGAUGAUGAUGGCGUCCUUUCGUUAAAUUGGCACAUAAAAUAAACUUUCCUUGUUGAUCAGGUUCUGUUCUUCUUUUGGUCUCCUCUGCCCAUAGAACGGUUUUUUUAUGGGUUUCUAUCCUUGUCUGAUGAUUCUGAUUCUUCUUUGGCCCAUGGAAGUUUCGCUUCUUAUCUGUAAUACCCGUUUAUAAGACACCCACGAAAUUCUCAAACCCUAAAAAACCUAGACUACCCAGAUUUCAUUUUGGUCAGAAAGUUGGUCUUUUGGGUCUAGUUCUGUGUUUUUUGGAAGGAAAAGAAAGAGAUGUUCUCUAGAUCGUGCGCGAAUUUGUUGAAUUUGGUCUCUUCCCGGGAGGAUUUCCCCAAUAUCGGCAGAAAAAUGAACCGGCUUCCAAGGGUUAUGACAGUUCCUGGGAUAAUCUCUGAUUUUGACGACGAUUAUGACGAUGAGGGUCUCAGUGAUUGCGGGGGUUCGGAUGUAGUCUCCUCUGUUUCGCAGGAACGGAGGAUUAUUGUUGCAAAUCAGCUUCCCUUGAAAGCUCAGCGUGAUUCGGAGAGAAAAAAAUGGUCUUUUGAAUGGGACAAGGACGCGCUUGUGUUGCAGCUCAAAGAUGGGUUCUCGCCUGAUGUCGAAGUUGUUUAUGUUGGUUGCUUGAAGGUUGAGAUCGAUGUUUCAGAGCAAGACGAGGUAGCCCAGUUGCUUCUCGACAAGUUUCGGUGCGUCCCUACCUUUUUGCCUCCCGAUAUUCAGAAUAAGUUCUAUCAUGGCUUCUGUAAGCAGCACUUAUGGCCUCUGUUCCAUUACAUGUUGCCUAUAUCGCCUAGUCAUGGAGCUCGUUUUGAUCGGGUUCUGUGGCAGGCCUAUGUAUCUGCCAACAAGAUUUUUGCGGACAAAGUAAUGGAAGUGAUAAACCCAGAUGAGGAUUAUGUGUGGAUUCAUGAUUAUCAUCUGAUGGUGUUGCCCACCUUCUUGAGGAAACGCUUCCACCGAGUAAAGCUUGGGUUUUUCCUUCACAGCCCUUUUCCCUCUUCAGAGAUAUAUAGAACUUUGCCUGUGAGGGAUGAGAUCCUUCGGGCUUUACUGAAUUCUGAUCUUAUAGGUUUCCAUACGUUUGAUUAUGCAAGGCAUUUCUUGUCCUGCUGUAGUAGGAUGUUGGGUCUAGAUUAUGAAUCUAAGAGGGGUUACAUUGGGCUCGAGUAUUAUGGCCGUACUGUGAGCAUUAAGAUUUUACCAGUUGGGAUACACAUGGGUCAGCUUGAGUCUGUUCUGUCACUCUCAGAGACUGCCGAGAAGGCUCGAGAGCUGAAAGAACGAUUUGAAGGGAAGAUUGUAAUGUUGGGUGUGGAUGAUAUGGAUAUGUUCAAGGGUAUUAGUUUUAAGUUUCUUGCAAUGGGGCAGCUCCUAGAACAGCACCCUGAACUGAAAGAGAAGGUGGUUUUGGUUCAGAUUGCGAAUCCUGCGAGGACUCAGGGUAAGGAUGUUGAGGAAGUUCAAGAUGAGACACAUCUCAUUGCAAAAUCAAUCAAUGAGAAGUAUGGAAUACCCGGGUAUGAGCCGAUUGUCUUCAUCAAUGGUCCUGUUCCUACACUUGAGAAGGCUGCAUAUUAUGCUAUUUCUGAAUGUUGUGUGGUGAAUGCUGUAAGGGAUGGAAUGAAUUUGGUCCCUUACAAGUACACCGUUUGCAGACAAGGUAGCCAUGUUUUGGACAAGGCUUUGGGUAUUGAUGGAUCAAACACCCCAAGGAAGAGCAUUAUUGUCGUGUCUGAGUUCAUUGGAUGCUCGCCCUCCCUUAGUGGUGCCAUUCGGGUCAAUCCAUGGAAUAUUAGUGCGGUCUCUGAAGCCAUGAAUUUGGCAAUCACCCUGCCAGAGGCUGAAAAGCAUAUGCGGCAUGAGAAACACUAUAAGUAUAUUAGCUCUCAUGAUGUUGGCUAUUGGGCUCGGAGUUUCGAUCAAGACUUAGAGAGAGCUUGCAGAGAGCAUUUCCUCAGGAGGUGUUGGGGCAUUGGGUUUGGUUUGGGCUUCAGGGUGGUUGCUUUGGGCCCUAAUUUCAGGAAGCUUUCGGUUGAGCACAUUGUCUCUGCAUAUAAGAGGACAAAUAGCCGAGUGAUCCUUUUGGACUAUGAUGGCACCAUGAUGCCACAAGCAUCUAUUGACAAGACUCCUAGCAAUGAAGUCAUUUCAGUCUUGAAUAGCUUAUGCUGUGAUCCAAAGAAUAUUGUCUUCAUUGUGAGUGGCAGAGGAAAGGAUUCUCUAAGCAAAUGGUUUUCUCCCUGUGAGAAGCUGGGUAUUGCUGCUGAGCAUGGCUACUUCACUAGAUGGAGUAGGGAUUCUGAAUGGGAGUCUCCUUUAUUAGUCACAGAUUUUGAUUGGAAAAAGAUUGCUGAGCCUGUGAUGGAACCCUACACGGAGACAACCGAUGGAUCUUAUAUUGAGCAUAAGGACAGUGCACUGGUCUGGCACCAUCAAGAAGCUGACCCUGAUUUUGGUUCUUGCCAAGCAAAGGAGCUGCUCGAUCACCUGGAGAGUGUGCUUGCAAAUGAGCCUGUUGUCGUUAAAAGAGGUCAACAUAUUGUAGAAGUGAAACCUCAGGGUGUAAGCAAGGGUAUAGUUGUUGAGAACCUUAUAUCAACAAUGUUGAGUCAGACGAAGCCACCAGAUUUCGUGCUGUGCAUAGGAGAUGAUCGGUCAGAUGAAGACAUGUUCGAGAGCAUUGCGAGAUCUGUCUCAAAUCCAUCCUUGCCUGCCAUUGCCGAAGUGUUUGCCUGCACUGUCGGUCAGAAGCCGAGUAAGGCAAAAUACUACCUCGAUGAUACUGUUGAUGUCAUCAAGCUGCUUCAAGGUCUUGCCACAGCAGCAGUGCAGCCACCAAAGUCUGCACAUUUUCAGGUGUCCUUUGAAGGGUCUCUUUGAAUUGUGAUGGAUUUGGUAUCAUCUGUUGUUUCAA